ACUAAUGGAACCCCAUCUUCACAGACUAAACAUCAUGGCCACUAUGACUAUGGUCGAGCUUUCUAGUGGCAUCGAGGACGCCAACACAAAGGCGCCCUGUAAGAAGGUUCUAGAAGGAGUCCUAAACGAUUUCAUGAAUCUCGCGUACGGAGUAGAAACACCCUACACCACUGGGAAAACUGUUAUCCCCACAGGAUCUACCAUUGAAGAUGUAGAUAAGGCGAUCGUUGAUGGCACCACGAAGAAAUGUUACAAAGAUGUUUUCUUCAGAAUCUCUGAAAAAGCUAAGAGUGGAGAUCUUACUCCUCAAGAAAAUGAUGGCAGCUGGGAUGCCAAGUUAACACCAGUUCUGGUGCUUGUAAGGGGCUAA